CAUAACUUGCAGCAUAGAGGUUAUGCAGCCUGUUUGCAGCCACACACAACAUAAACGCACAGCGCGCGGAUUGAACCUGUUCAAAGCUCCGAAUAACCAGCCAAUCCGACGGCCGGGUUCGCGUCACGUGGCUGGUGUCACAGUGAGUUUGGUUCCAAAUCAUAUUGCCACCUCCUCCAUGGUGACAUUACCGAGGCUGAGCGGUGUGUGUGUUCGUGUGCUGCUGGGACACCUGUGGCACGAACGGAUUACUUUUUAUGAAAAUCUCAAAUCUCAUAUUUUGUUUACAGCCGCAAAAUCCGUGGAAAUGUUCAACAGUAAUCGCGGCGAGUUUGAUGAGGAUCCGUUCUUCUCGGAUCCAAUGCGGGCUCACAGGGAACAUAUGCGGCAGAUGAUGCGCAGCUUCUCCGAGCCAUACGGUGGACCCACGGUGCCCAGCAUAAUGGACGGGAGAAACUGUGGUCGGGACAUGUCGGAACAUCCAAGCUCGUCCCUGGCACUGAGGGGCGAACACAGGGAAAUGACUCGGAACCCUUUCGGCAUGUUCGACAACAUGAUGUCCAGCAUGAAAAACAGGAUGCAGGAGAUGCACAGAAACUCUGAGAACACGUCCACAGAUUCUAACGCUUACUCAUUCAGCUCGUCAUCGGUCAUGACAUAUUCAAAGGUUGGAAAUGAGCCUCCCAAGGUCUUCCAGGCGAGCUCAUCGACACACCGGGCCCCUGGAGGGAUCAAGGAGACCCGGCAAGCAGUUAAAGACUCUGAGAGUGGUCUGGAGAAGAUGUCCAUUGCUCACCACAUCCAGGACAGGGGACACGUUGUUGAGAAGAAAUACAACAAGAAAACAGGACAGAAGGAGUUCAACCAGGACUUUCAGAAUAUAGAUGAAUCUGAAGCACAGUCUUUUGACGAUGAGUGGCAGCAGGAGGUGUCCAAGGUUCCACCACCUGGCCCAAUGUUUCGUCUGGAUGAACCCCUACCCUGUGGUGUUCACCGCGCAGCCCUCACCGGUUCUGAGCAGGAGGACAGUGACCAAUCAAAGGGCAAGACUGAGGGUGAAAGCAACACGAAAGGCUCAGGCUCGACAAAGCAGUGAAACAGCUGUUUGUGUGCUUAUUAAAGUCUUUCAAGAAUCAUGCAGUACACUCGGGUGCUCUGUACCCCCUCGCGCACACACACAACCUGUCAUCAUAUGGACAGAAUCAGAAGGCACUGACCCAGAUUUUGGAACAUAUAUAAGACUAUACGUUUUACAUUUCUGCUGCCCAUUUUCCAAAGCAUACUAAACAAUAGGAAUUGAACCUCGCUGUCGAUGGCUGCCCCGUUACAGUGAACGUUUUCUGUUUUUUUCAUGGGUCAAAUGACUCCUUCCAUCUGACUGUUAAUGUGUUGAAUCUUAGCACAGCUCACGCUUGAGUUCGAAAACAUUAAGAGAAAGAAUGAAGAAUCUGUAGUGUGUUGGCUGUAGAGCGUGCAAACCAGCAGUGUAACUCUUGACCUGUAUUAAUUAUCUUAUAUGCUUAUAGAACAUCACAAUAAAGUUACAAACCUUAAUCUCUCACUGCGACCAGGAAACUAAAAGGGUCAUUGGUAUUUCUCUGGAUGUAGUGGUGGUAGGCAUUACUUAUAGCACAACACAUUCACAGUCUAAGAGCACUUCAUUUAUAUGAUUUGGCAUCAGAUUUGUAUAAUGCAACAGGGCACACAAUUUAGUGACUUAUUGACUGUUUCAAAUCCACUAAUGCACUUAGACAAUGUCUCAAUUGUCUUUUUGUAAUUAUAUUGUCUCGUACCUGGUGCUCUAAAUAUAUGUAUUUUAUCUGCUGUAAUCUUUGUAAAAAGAAAAAUAAUACUUUUCCCUUUUUAUAUGUUCCUUUGGUUUCUCUUGUUUUUCAUCUGAUGCUUUGUGCUGCAUAGCGCGAUAUCUUGACAAAGUCGGGAUUAUUCUCAAUAAUUCUAAUUUUGUUAUUGUAUAUUUUUUCAAGCUUUAAAAAAUAAGUUGUGUCAACACAGAUCAUGGUCUGAAAAUAAAAAUAUAAAGAUGAA